UAGGAACAAGGAACAACCUCCAUCUACUGGCUGGAUCAUUGCGUCUCUUCUCCAUCCAAAACCCAUCCCUCAUCACUCAUUGAGGAGGGUACAAUUUUGGAAGAAGCUUCUAAGGUCUCAAGGAAGCCCUCGGUGCUUGUGCAAAGAGAAGCUCCUAUUGCAACCUCUCUCCCUGCGCUGUGCGCCUCGGUGUAAACAUUUUGGAUGAUCUAAAGACUCUGGGGUCUGUAUAUGGAAAUAGUGGGGUGCAGAGCAGAAGAAAAUACUUGUCCUUUCCGUCCCCCAGCCAUGCUUUUCCACGGGAUCUCCGGAGGCCAUAUCCAAGGAAUCAUGGAGGAGAUGGAGAGGCGAUCCAAGACCGAGUCCCGCCUGGCCAAAGGGGGACAGAUGAACGGCCGAGAAACGAACAUGCCCCCAAUGAGCCCCGAGAAGCCUGCUUUGUGUGCUGGUUGUGGAGGGAAGAUCUCAGACAGAUAUUACCUGCUGGCAGUUGACAAACAAUGGCACCUCAGGUGUCUUAAAUGCUGUGAAUGUAAACUGGCUUUGGAGUCAGAACUCACCUGCUUUGCCAAGGACGGCAGUAUUUACUGCAAGGAGGAUUACUACAGAAGGUUCUCCGUGCAGAGAUGUGCCCGCUGCCACCUUGGGAUCUCAGCCUCUGAAAUGGUCAUGAGAGCCAGGGAGUCGGUUUAUCACCUGAGCUGCUUCACCUGCACCACCUGCAACAAGACUCUGACCACGGGCGAUCACUUUGGCAUGAAGGACAACCUGGUGUACUGCAGGGCCCACUUCGAGUCCCUUUUGCAAGGAGAAUAUCCCCCUCAGCUGAGCUACACCGAGCUGGCUGCCAAGAGCGGAGGGCUGGCCCUGCCUUACUUCAACGGCACUGGCACCGUGCAGAAGGGGAGGCCUAGGAAAAGAAAAAGCCCUGCCUUGGGAGUGGACAUCGUCAACUACAACUCAGGCUGUAAUGAGAAUGAGGCAGAUCACCUGGACAGAGACCAGCAGCCUUACCCCCCAUCCCAGAAGACAAAGCGCAUGCGCACCUCCUUCAAACACCACCAGCUUCGUACCAUGAAGUCCUACUUUGCUAUCAACCACAACCCAGAUGCCAAGGACCUCAAGCAGCUUGCCCAGAAAACAGGCCUGACCAAGAGAGUUCUGCAGGUUUGGUUUCAAAACGCAAGAGCCAAAUUCAGAAGGAACCUUUUGCGGCAGGAGAAUGGGGGUGUCGAUAAAGCUGAUGGCACCUCACUUCCGGCACCGCCCUCCGCAGACAGCGGCGCACUCACUCCACCCGGCACUGCGACCACUUUAACAGACCUGACCAAUCCCACUAUCACUGUAGUGACAUCAGUGACCUCUAACUUGGACAGCCACGAAUCCGGGAGCCCCUCACAAACUACCUUAACGAACCUUUUCUAACAUUUCAUGAUUUUUUUUUUUUUUUUUUAAUUCUUACUCUUCUUCUUUAUUAUUAUUAUUAUAAUUAUUUUUAUUAUUUUCAAGCCUUUUUUUUUUUUUUAAACAAAUAACAAACCCACAGAAUAUUUGGGAAAAUAAACAGCUUGAUGUGUAGCAUCUGCAGCCACUUGGCAAAUGAGUUUGAAGUAAUAUGUUGCUAUAAUAAGUGAACAUUUAUUGUUGUUAAAUUGUACUCAAAUUUUUUAAAUUAGUCAACUGAAGAGAAGGUUACGAAUCAUUCUAAUAAGUGCCUCUUUAAAUUGUAUGUUACUUAUUUCCAGAACCUUGAAAAAAAGAUUGCUACCACAAAAAAAAAUAUUUUCCCUCCUUGAUAACCAGAUAAAAAUCCGUUUAAUUAUAGCCAAAAGAAUGCUGCUUCAGGAUUGUAUGUUCACUUACAGCAUUUACGAACCCUAAUUUUAACUUUAUAAUGCAUCUAAAAAUUUUGUACAAUUUAUUUUUUAUAUGUUGAAAAAUAAACAUGAAAUGAAUUAAACCAGUCAUUGAAACAGUCAGAGUGCAAGUGCCAGUGCUUUUUUCAAAUGCAUUAGUCACAAUCCUGAUCGUCUCUGAGCCUGGGGGAGUCUCGCUGGGAGCUGAACGCUCCUCUGCCUGUUCUCCCCUAGCUGGGGUGUCCCUGGCCACCGUCCCUGGCCACCAUCCCUGGCCACCGCUGGCAGCUGGGCCUGGCUGGGGGUGCGGGGAGAGGCCAGGUGGUGAGCGUGUGCCUGGCUGAGGGUGGCAGGAUCAGGCUCUUGGGCUCCAAAUUUGUGCCCUGUACAUUAAGGAGGCAAAAUCCAGAAAACAUCUUCCAGAAUGAGCUCAAUCCUAUAAGGAUAUUAAACUACUAACUGCAGAAUAACAACUGAAGUGAGGAGUCCCGCUGAUCUGAAAUAUCACAUAGGGAGGGCUUUCCGUUUUUGUCUCUCAAGUAGUUCUGAUGUGGAAUUAAAAAAGUGUGGCUGGCUACAUGGCGUUGAUGCCUUACCAUUAAAGCAAACAGAGGUUGUCCAGCUGCUUUAGUGAGCACGAAAAUUAUUUCCAAGAAGAUGCAUUUGUACUGUUAAAAUGAGUUUUGGAUAAUUAUUUUGUUUUUUUCCCAGGGAAAAUGGAAAUAAGCAAAAUAUAAUUUAUUAAGAUGUUUAAGGAAAAUGAUUUCAGUACAAUUUAUUCAUUACUAUUCUGAAUUUACUUUAGAUAUUUCCUGAGAUUGUGUCAGACACUUUGUUUAACAUAUGAACUUAGAAUCUUUAGCUCAUUAAUAUCGUUAACAAAUACUUUAAUUUUUUAAACUUUGUAUAAAAGAAAAAAAUGUCAGCAAAAAUUCUUACAAAAAUGGGAAUUGGCAGUGAACAAUUUUAAAGCAGAUAAACUCAGAAGCCUUGUGGAUGCUGAUCUGAAUGCAUUUCUUAGUUUACAAUAGUGACCUUUCUUUUUUUAAUUUUAUUUAAGCUAAAAGUCUGAAUGGUCUGGGCAGUGGUGAAUGUUCAUUUGUAUCCUUUUAUUGUAGUUGAACACCAAUUAGAUUGUGGAGAGUCUCAGAAACAAAACCGAAUAAAAACCAGUCAAGAUCUAUGUCUUGCUUUUAGUGGAUUGUUAAGAAUAACUUUGCACAUAUAUCCCACUUUUUAGACACCAUCAAAUCUCAUUUUUGAUGGUCAAAGUGGCUAUUUAAUAUAUUUUAAAGGUGUCCUUUUUGGCUGUAUAAAUGUGUGGUUACAUAUUGACAGUUCACUGCCCACAUUAAAGUGCAUUAUUGUAAUUUUUGCUCAGGGUUUUUUGAAAAUUAGCACAGAAAAGUAGCUUAUUUUUAAAAAAAAAGAUGAUGGAAGAGAUGUUAACACUGUAAUAGAAGAAAGGUGUGUUUGCCAUUAUAUAUUUAGCAAGUAUGGUUUUCAUCUUCUACGGAUAUUAAAUCUUGACUUUUCCUAUUUCUAUUACCUUAUGGGCAUUUACCACUAACCAGACCAAACGACCUUGGUAAGGCUGAGAUCUUUAUUAAUACACUUUUACAGGUAAAAAUAUUGAUACUUAUAAAUUUUGUUCUUUGACAGAACAAUAUAUGGUACUAGAGAUCUACUUUAUUAAGUAGACUAAUUAAAACUCAGUUCUACUAUGUGCCUUAUGAUAUACCUUGGGAGUAAGUUUGUGAAAAAUCAGGAUAUAUGUGUUGUUUGUUAAAUUAACUGUUUUAAGCCCUUUUGACACCUCACUAGUUUUGUACUGUUUUACCUCUUAUUUCUGAAACUCUUUUUAUGGUGUAUCCUGUUAGAGGGGACAAACAUGUCAUAGAAAGCAGUUGUGCACUCUUUCAGAUAUAGUUGAUAAAUCCAAUAAUCUUAUAUAUUGAGCUUCGUGUUUAUAGUACAGUAAGUGGUCUAGCAAAAUUGUCCAUGUUUCUUUGUUUAUUGAUAAAUGCAUUGUAUAGAAACUAUUCCCCCUAAAUAUUUAUGGACCAAACAGUUGUGAUAUAUCCUAUUAAAUUUGUGUGAAUAAACCAUUUUGAAUCUAA